CUAGCCGCACCACCAACUUGUCACCAAAGAUGGCGAUUUGCUGAGUGCUCAUGGAUACACACAUUUUUCGGCUAGUUGCUAUCUUACCCGAAACGCCAACUUUAAAAACAAAUUAACUGCUUAGCGAGCAACUAUAUCUCCCUCUGAAGCACAUCUGACACAACGUCAACCACCGCUACCAUGCAGAUCACGCUUAAAACACUGCAGCAGCAGACUAUUCAAAUUGAGAUAGACCCCGAACAAACGGUGAAGGCUUUGAAAGAGAAGAUAGAAGCGGAAAGAGGCAAAGACAACUUUCCUGUAUCUGGACAGAAGCUGAUAUAUGCUGGAAAAAUCCUGCAAGAUGACACACCUAUUAAGGACUACAAAAUUGAUGAGAAGAAUUUUGUUGUAGUGAUGGUGUCCAAGGCUAAGCCUGCAGCUGCCGCCUCGCCCCCAGUCUCAGAAGCACCCAAACCCCCUGUACAGGACUCUGGUUCCACGUCUACAGCUGUCCCGGCCACAACCCCGACCCCAGCCCCGGCCCCAGCCCCAGCCCCAACUCCAACCCCAGCAGCUGUCCCCAUUCCCCCUGAGGAGGCCAAAGAGGAGCCAAGUGCCGCAGCCACAGAACCACAACAACCAGCCAGCUCCAGUGGCGGGAGCCAGGGCUUGGAUGCUUCCUCAGCACUGGUGACCGGGGCUGAGUAUGAGGCGAUGCUGACGGAGAUCAUGUCUAUGGGCUACGAAAGGGAGCGAGUUGUGGCUGCACUAAGGGCCAGUUUCAACAACCCCCACAGAGCUGUAGAAUACCUUCUCACUGGUAUCCCCAGCAGCCCAGUCCAGGAGAGUAAUCCACCAGCGCAGGCCCCUGCGUCUGGACCCACAGAAGCCCCAUCUCUAGCAGAGGGAGAGAACCCACUUGCAUUCCUGCGGACCCAGCCCCAGUUUCUGCACAUGAGACAGGCCAUCCAGCAGAACCCUGCUCUGCUACCAGCUCUUCUCCAGCAACUAGGCAGGGAGAACCCUCAACUUCUACAGCAAAUCAGUCAGCAUCAGGAGCUAUUUAUCCAGAUGUUGAACGAACCGGUGGGAGAGGGGGGAGAUGCACCAGAGGUUGGAGAGAUGGGGGCAGCAGGGGAGGAGGGCGCACCUGUCAACUACAUCCAGGUUACACCUCAGGAGAAGGAAGCCAUCGAAAGGUUAAAAGCGUUGGGUUUCCCUGAGGCUCUGGUGAUCCAGGCCUACUUUGCCUGCGAGAAGAACGAGAACCUGGCAGCCAACUUUCUCCUCAACCAGGGACUGGAGGAUGACUGAACACAGAUCACUGCCUUCCUGCUCCUCCCUCCUACCCUUCCCCUCUUCGGCUCAGCAUAAAGACUGCACCCCCCAAUUUUACUGUACAGCUACCAACCUCAGCUCAACCCAACAGGAGGGGAGGAGAGGGGAGAGCCAGCAGGGGGGCGGGGUUGGGGGUGGGGGGGACGGUGGGAUGGGAAGGGGGAAACGGGGUGGGUUAGGUUUAUGGUGGGGUUACACACUUAAAGUACACAAAGUGGAGGAUGCGUGCAGGAAGGUCAGACUUAGAUUAUCAGAGGUCAGGGGUGAAAAAGUGGAAGAAUUAUGAAAUCCACGUGAAUUCCAAUGGAAUGUGUGGGGUUUGUCUAGGGGAGAUCUAUAAUUUGAUUUUAGAUGCGCUUUGUGAACAUUAGGGAGGGGGGUGGGGUCAACGGGGGUCGAAGGGUUUGCGACGAGAGUGUGUGCUUGUGUCUCUGUGUGUGCGUGUGUGAGUACAUGUCUGUGUGCCUGUGCUGAUGGAUGCGAUACAAUUAAGCAGAAAAAGUAAUCAAUUUGCAAGUUUGUUAAUGCUGUAGCCGGAUUGUAUGGAAGCACAUUCUCCUCACUGCACUUCGACAACAUUAUCAGUGUGUGUAACUGCUUGUGUGUACCUCUGUAAGCCUUCAUGUACGUACGUCCAAGAAUGAAACUGGCAGAGACGCACUGGACCGUGCUGCCCUCUGUAUGUGUCUGACAUGAUGUUGUUGGGGGAGGAAAUGGGAACUAAACUGACAAAUAAGUAUCUGGUUACUCUGUUCACUUUGUACCACCCCUCAUCUCUUCUGCCAUGGUGGCUGCACAUAUCGCAGCCGAUCAGAACCCCUGCAAAUGCCGUGCUUCCCUGUUUAGGUUACUCCAAUGUGGAACUGUUAUGUCUAUGCUCAUUGCUUCUGGUGCUAAUUAACACUACCCAGAAAAAAUCUACUGUGCAACUCAAAAAUCAGACUUUUGAGGUUCUGAUCAUCUACCUUUUAAAUUCUUUAAAAUCUUCUAUUAUGAUUUUAAAAACACAAUAGAAGGAGAAACUCGAGCAGCGACUGGUCAUUAACGUUAAAUUCUUCAAAUUCAACUUGCUAGAUGUAAAGACUGCAACUAAAAUGCUUUGAAAUUUAUGGUGGCAGGUUUGAUGUAAGUUCUCCGCAUGUUACAGAAGGUUUACCAAAAGGAGGACCUUUUAUUCACUACAGUCCACACUCUUAACUGUGAGGCUGUUUCAGUUUGUAAGGAGGUGACCCACAGUAUUUGGGAAGACACAUUACUUUACCUACAUAAAUGAACUACAUAACCAAAAUGAUUAAAUGCCCACACAUUUAACAUCUUAGGUGUUGUAUGCAUUUUCUUUUGCAGGCAAAUCUGUGUGUACUGCUUGGUGAGGAGUAAAGCAUCUGCAUGUGGUUUUAACAGUGUCAUGUGAUUUGACUCAUCAGGACCAUGCGAUGACUUAUUCUCUUUCUUUUCUUCUAGUCAGUUUUUAACAGGUCCCAGAAGAUUACUACCAUUAUACAUUGUACUACCAUGUCUAGGAUGUCUAGAACAGCAUAUUUCAUGCCUUGUAUCAUUGCUUUCAGACAUUCAAAAAGCUUAAGGGAAACUACUGGGAACCAAAUCUAUUUUCUGUUGGGAUAAAUACACCGAUCAGCCACAAUGUUAAAAUCACUUACUGGUUUUGUCCUUGUGGCUGGUUGCUGUAUACUUUAUUUUUCAUUUUGUCCAACCUGAGGCAAAUUGUAGUCGCAAAUUUAAAACAUCUGAGUUCCAAUAAAACUUAGAUUAAAUUCUGAAUAAAAGAAAAUGACAAAAUUAA